AUGGCAGCGAAUAUGGAUCCCAUCAACACUGCCCAGGGUAACACUGAGAUCAGUCAUGAGCCCAAGAGGGAGAUGAGCACCUUCGAUGUCGACGAAGACGAGGCCAUCCGCAAGGUUGAGGCAGCCACAACCGUCGACCCUAAUGCUCAACAGGGUAUCAAGAAUGUCGAAGCUGUUACGUUGACCUGGACAAAGACUUCACUGGCAUGCGCUUUUGCAUGCAUGUGGAUGCUGUAUCUCACCAACGCCUUCCAGUCAUCCAUCACUGGUAAUCUUACGCCAUACGUUACCAGCGAAUUCGACGAACACUCCCUCCUGACCGUCAUCAACAUCGUCGCGAACUCUAUGGCCGCCGCUGUCUACAUCCCAACCGCCAAAUUACUCGAUCUUUGGGGCCGUGCGGAAGGGUUCUGUGUCAUGGUCGGCUUCGCUACCCUUGGACUCAUCCUCAUGGCUGUCUGCAAGAGUCUCUACACCUUCUGUGCCGCCCAAGUGUUCUACACCAUCGGUUUCGGUGGUAUGAUCUAUUGUGUGGAUGUCAUUACUGCGGACGCAUCGAGUCUGAAGCAUCGAGGAUUGGCUUUUGCUUUCACAUCCUCACCGUACAUUAUCACUGCUUUUGCUGGCCCCAAGUCUGCGGAAGGGUUCUACAACAACUCCAAGAACUGGCGAUGGGGCUUUGGCGCUUUCGCCAUCAUUGUACCAUUUGUAGCGUCACCGCUCUUCGUCAUCUUGAAGUUGAAUUUGAGGAAGGCUAAGCGUGAGGGUGUGCUUGCGCGUGAGAAGAGCGGUCGAAACCUCUUUCAGAGCAUCGUCUUCUACAUCCAAGAGUUCGAUGCACCUGGAUCGUUCCUUCUUGCUUCCGGUCUCGUAAUCUUCCUCCUUCCAUUCACGCUCGCCGAUUCCGCGCCAAAUGGAUGGAUCACCGGAUACAUCGUCGCCAUGCUGGUGGUCGGCUUUGUCCUGUUAGUCCUGUUUGGUCUUCAUGAACGUUUCACAGCUCAGGUUCCCUUCUUGCCCUUCAACCUCCUGUUGAACCGCUCCGUCGUCGGUGCCUGUCUGCUAUCGUUCACCUACCAGAUCUCGUACUACGCCUGGAACAGCUAUUUCACCUCCUUCUUACAGGUUGUCAGUAACCUCACCAUUGCCGAAGCCGGAUACGUUUCAUCAACAUUCGACGUUCUCUCUGGAUUUCUGUUGCUCUUCUGCGGCUUCAUCAUCAGCAAGACAGGUCGCUUCAGAUGGUUGCUGUUCAUCGCUAUUCCCUUCUACCUCCUCGGCCAGGGUCUGAUGAUCCACUUCCGUCAGCCGGAUACCAGCGUUGGCUACCUCGUUAUGUGCCAGAUCUUCAUCGCUAUAGGUGGUAGUAUCAUUAUUCUCUGUGAGCAGCUUGCUGUCAUGGCCGCUGCCGAUCACCAGCACAUUGCCCCUGUAUUGGCUCUGCUCAACAUCUUUGGUUGGCUUGGUGGUGCUGUCGGUAAUACGAUCUCUGGUGCUAUUUGGACAAACUCCUUUCCUCAGGCUUUGGCAAGGCUGCUACCUGAAGAGGAUCUUGAGAACUUGGACUCCAUCUAUGGCGACCUCACGGUCCAAUUGGGCUACGAGAGAGGUACUCCUACACGUCUUGCGAUCGAACAGGCGUAUGGUAUCGCACAGAAGAGAAUGCUCAUUGCUGGUACAUGUAUUAUGUGUCUGGCCCUCAUCUGGAUCGUGCUGAUCAAGAACCACAACGUUGCAAAGAUGCAGCAGACCAAGGGUCGCGUCUUCUGA